CUGAAGAAUUGGCAGAAGCUCAUAUAAUGUAGUUUUGCUCCUCAACUGGUUCUCCAACUGUUAAGUUUAGUAGGUCAGGUGGAAUAAACCGUUUAGAACGGUGCAUAACAGUUUAUGUUUCGUUAUUUUUCCACAGAGGAAAAAAAUAACGUGUUUUGUUUGAAUAAUUAGUUAGGAAAAACUUCACUAUCAUCACAAAAGAAAGUAGCUGACUAGCUAACGAGUGUGCUAGCGUUUAUUAUUAAAAUAUUAAAUUUUGAUGUCAAAAUCAGACGAGAGGGUCUACCAGAGGAACAGCUUUAGGUAAACGCUCGAGUUUGGGAGACUCGUGAACUUUUAGAGACUUUUAAAAGCACAAAAGCGACUGUGGGAAUGUCGUGUCGGAGUGGAGUGGCCCGGGUAGGUAACCAAGGACUGCAGCCCCUCCGAGCCACGGUCCCGUUUCAGCUCCAGAACAGAACAGCACCACGAUGCAAAGACAGCAAAACAGCAGAAUGCAAGACAAAAGGUCGUCCCCCAAAGCCAACCUUGCGACGGACAUUGUCUCUCGACACUUUGGUAGGGCCGUACCUGCAGGGCCAGUGGCCUAAGGAACCAGAGGGUCAACCUGUCAAUGACAAGGCCACACAGACUCCCAGUUCCUGGAUAGAAGAGACACGGGGGCGGAGAGGGGGUGGCGGUCACAAGCGCUCUGCAUCAUGGAGUAGCGCCGAGCACCUCCGAGAGGUUGCCAAGCUACGGCACUCCUUGCAGAAACGCUCCAGACACGCACCUCACGCCACGGACUGCGAGCACACACAGCAACAUGCACACAACAGCCAAACACACAUACCUGGAAGUACACAGACGAUGCCUUUGAUUCCGCUGAGCCGAUUGGCCCCCAGACUGAGACGCAGUGUUGAAGGACUGAACCUGGAGCUGGAGGGAGUCUUUGUGUCUGAAACCGCAAAGGAACAUCACAAAAUUCUUGAUGUCCCAGAUGGUCACAGAGCCCCUGUCCCAGCUCAGAGGUACAGCAGCGCUUCACAGAGUGACCCUUCUCCUGCCCAGCUGUCUCCCACACACUCGCCCUACACCAUCACAGACUCCGACAUGGUUGUGUGUGGGCCGCUCUGUCCACUUCCCUCUCCUCCUCUGUGUAUGUCUGAGCCGCCAUCCUCCUCUCCUCGACCCAACAAAACAUACGUUUUCCAGAGAGAACCUCCAGAGGGCUGCGAGAGAGUACGUGUGUCUGAGGAGGCCAUACUUCCCUGUCAUGAAAAUGCCCCUCUGCAGCCCUCCUGUCCUGACCCUAACAAGGUGAAUUUUACACCUCACGGUGGCUCUGCAUUCUGCCCUGUCAGCCUCCUCAAGCCCCUCCUCCCUUCUAUGGACCUGUUAUUUCGUGGCCUGUCUGUUUCACCGGUCACUGGCUGUUCGGCUCAAGGUUCCGCCCCCUGCCAGACACCAGGACAUGCUGUGGGAGGAUACUUGAGCGGGACCCUCCCAGACUCUACCACCACUUCUUGAGGAGGCAUUCAUGAUAAGAAAAUAUAAAGAAAAGACUAAAUUUGUGUGCCUUUGUCGCACCUCAUCAAAGACUUGACAUUAAUGUGUCACAAAGAAAAAAACACCAAGAACCGCUCAUGCUGUCUGCUCUUGGCACAGAGAAAAUAACAUCAUGAUAGAAGAACAAAACAGAGCUUUUCAUGCAUGGAGGCAACAUAAAAAAAAUCUAUGGUGGACUCUCACCAAUUUUAUUUGCAAAUUACCUUUUGACCUCAGGACACUACUUGGCACUUGUGAUCAUUUCCUUCAUACUUUAUAGCAUUCAGUUUUUGCUAGAGUUCGCUAUAUUGCUAUUAUACAAUAUUGAUGACUAUUCAUCAUCUGUCUAAAGAUGUAUACUAUUUUAGGUCUGUCAGAAGAUAAUAACAAAUAGAAGAGAAAAUGGUCUUUCUGAACAUCUUACCCUAUUUUUGUACUUCUGGGGUGUAAGCCUUUUUUUAUUCUCUUUAUAUAAACCUGACAAACUCUGUGAUGAUUACACAGAGCUGUGGAAUAGAAAAAUACUGGAACAUUGUUAAGAGUCAGAAACAAACGGCUCAUAAUUCAGUAUUUACACAAUCACAGAUUCCCAGACACAGUGAGUACUGCAUGCUGGUCUUUUUUUUUUUUUUUUUUUUUUUUUU